GCAGUAGUCUCGCGAGAAGUGGCUCCACUGGUUGUAGUUCUGUUCAGGCUGCAGGAGGAGGAGGAAAGCUCUGGCUGUGAUGCCGCUGGAUGAUGGCUGCUUUCGGGAUCUUAAGUUACGAACACCGGCCUUUAAAACGGCCCCGGCUCGGCCCUCCGGACGUGUAUCCUCAAGACCCAAAGCAGAAAGAGGAUGAGUUGACCGCACUGAAUGUGAAGCAAGGAUUUAAUAACCAGCCAGCUGUUUCUGGUGAUGAACAUGGCAGUGCAAAAAAUGUCAACUUUAACCCUUCAAAGAUUAGCUCAAACUUCAGCAGCAUCAUUGCAGAGAAGCUGCGUUACAACACGUUUCAAGACACAGGGAAACGUAAGCCACAGGUCAACCAGAAGGAUAAUUUCUGGCUCGUCACAGCGAGGUCACAGAGCUCCAUCAAUAAUUGGUUCACAGACUUGGCCGGGACUAAACCUCUCACACAACUGGCUAAAAAGGUUCCUAUCUUCAGUAAAAAAGAGGAGGUUUUUGGGUACCUGGCCAAGUACUCUGUCCCCGUCAUGCGUUCAGCAUGGAUGAUCAAAAUGACCUGUGCAUAUCACGCAGCCAUCACAGAAACUAAAGUCAAGAAGAGACAUGUGAUUGAUCCCUGUAUAGAAUGGACUCAGAUUAUUACGAAGUACCUGUGGGAGCAGCUUCAGAAGGUGGCCGAGUUUUACAGACAGUGUCCCAGUCAAGGCUGCAGCUCUCCACUGCCAGCCACUCCUGCUGAUGUGGAGACGGCCAUGAAGCAGUGGGAGUACAAUGAGAAGCUCGCCAUGUUCAUGUUUCAGGACGGUAUGUUAGACAGACACGAGUUCCUGACGUGGGUGCUGGAGUGUUUCGAGAAGGUCCGCCCUGGUGAAGAUGAGCUUCUCAGACUUCUCCUGCCCCUCUUACUUCAGUACUCAGGGGAAUUUGUACAGUCGGCUUACUUGUCACGGAGACUGGCUUACUUCUGUACACGGCGCCUCAACCUGUUGCUAAGCGACGGGAGUCUGGGCCCCAGCACAGGAGGGCAUCCGGCCCAUGGCAUGUUGGCACAGCAAGGAAACGCCCUACCCCCUACCCCAACCUCACAGCCAGCAGGCGGGAACCAGCUUCAGACACCUUUCACAGACUUUUACAUCUGCCCCCAGCACAGGCCUCUGGUGUUCGGUCUCAGCUGCAUGUUACAGAGCAUAGUGCUGUGUUGUCCCAGUGCUCUGGUGUGGCAUUACUCUCUAACAGACAGUAGAAACAAAACUGGUUCACCUCUGGACCUCCUGCCGCUUGCUCCGUCCAGCUUACCAAUGCCUGGAGGAAACACUGCCUUCACACAACAGGUCCGUACUAAGUUAAGAGAAAUCGAGGAACAGGUGAAGGAGCGAGGACAGGCAGUGGAGUUCAGGUGGUCAUUUGACAAGUGUCAGGAGACCACAGCAGGGUUCACAAUUGGAAGAGUUCUUCACACGCUGGAGGUUUUGGACAACCACAGCUUUGAGAAGUCCGACUUUAACAACUCACUGGAUUUUUUGUACAACCGGAUAUUCGGGUCAGGACAGACUAAAGAUGGUCACGAGAUGUCACCAGACGAUGAUGCGGUGGUGACCUUGCUUUGUGAAUGGGCAGUGUGCUGUAAGCGCUCUGGCAGACACAGAGCCAUGGUGGUGGCCAAGCUGCUGGAGAAGAGACAGGCUGAAAUAGAAGCAGAGAGGUGUGGUGAGUCGGAGGUGGUGGAUGAGAAGGGCUCUGUGUCAUCCGGCUCCCUCUCGGCUGCUACACUUCCAGUCUUUCAGGAUGUGCUGCUGCAGUUCCUCGACACUCAGUCCCCCACGCUGACGGAGCCUGGAAAUGAAAGUGAACGCGUGGAGUUCUCCAACCUUGUCCUGCUCUUCUGUGAGCUCAUUCGUCACGACGUCUUUUCCCACAACAUCUACAUGUGCACUCUCAUCUCCCGCGGCGACUUGGCCUCUGACUCCCACCUGCCGCGUCCGCGCUCCCCAAGUGAUGAGCCCUCUGAUGAGUCAGAGCGCAAGGAGCAGGAGGGAGGCAGUGGUGGCAAGAUGGAGGAUACCGGACUGUCAGAGUCAAUGGAAAUCGAUAACAACUCCAGUGCUAAUUUUGACGAGAUGUUCUCACCUCCAAUGCACUGCGAGUCUAAAGGGAGUCCUUCUCCUGAGAAGUCAGCUCCAGACCAGGACAGCAAGGCCGGCUGUAAGGACAAGGGCAUGGACCCGGCUUUCCCUCAGCUGUAUGAGCAACCUCGCCACAUCCAGUAUGCCACUCACUUCCCAAUCCCUCAGGAGGAGAGUGCCAGCCAUGAGUGCAACCAGCGAUUAGUGGUCCUGUAUGGAGUGGGCAAACUGAGAGAUGAGGCACGACACACCAUCAAGAAAAUUACCAAAGACAUCUUGAAGGUGCUCAACCGCAAAAGCACAGCAGAGACAGGUGGAGAGGAAGGACAGAAGAGAAAGAGGAGUAAGACAGAGGCCUUUCCCACUGCUGAAGACAUCUUCUCAAAAUUCCAGCACCUCUCCCACUUUGACCAGCACCAAGUCACCUCCCAGGUGUCCAGAAAUGUGAUGGAACAGAUCACCAGCUUUGCCUCAGGGAUGUCUUAUCACCUGCCUCUCGUCCAGCACAUUCAGUUCAUCUUUGACCUCAUGGAGUACUCCCUCAACAUUAGUGGCCUCAUAGAUUUUGCUAUUCAGCUUCUGAAUGAGUUGACUCUAGUGGAAGCCGAGCUGCUGCUGAAGUCGUCCAGCCUUGUGGGCAGCUAUACCACUAGCCUGUGUCUGUGUAUCGUAGCUGUACUGAGGAGGUACCACUCCUGCCUCAUUCUCAACCCUGAGCAGACAGCACAAGUUUUUGAUGGGUUGCGGUACGUGGUGAAAUCAGGUGUGAACCCGGCAGACUGUUCCUCGGCUGAGCGCUGUAUCUUGGCGUACCUGUAUGACCUCUACACAUCUUGCAGUCACCUCAAGAACAAGUUUGGAGAGAUUUUCAGUGAGUUCUGCUCCAAAGUGAAAAACUCCAUCUACUGUAACAUCGACCCCUCUGACUCCAACAUGCUUUGGGAUCCUGUCUUCAUGAUGGAGGCCAUAGCCAACCCCUUGGCCCACAACUUCAACCACUCAAUGGUGGGCAAAAUCCUCAACGACAGCCCGGCCAACCGCUACAGCUUUGUGUGUAACGUGCUCAUGGAUGUGUGUGUAGAUCACCGAGACCCAGAAAGGGUGAAUGACAUCGGGAUCCUGUGUGCUGAGCUGACAGCGUACUGUCGCUCCCUGAGUGCCGAGUGGCUCGGCAUCCUGAAAGCUCUCUGCUGCUCCUCUAACAAUGGCAACUGUGGCUUCAAUGAUUUGCUGUGUAAUGUUGAUGUUAGCGAUCUGUCCUUCCAUGAUUCCCUGGCCACCUUUGUAGCCAUCCUCAUUGCUAGACAGUGCCUACUUUUGGAAGACCUGGUCCGCUGUGUGGCCAUUCCUUCCCUCCUGAAUGCAGCCUGCAGUGAGCAAGACUCUGAGCCAGGAGCCAGACUCACAUGCAGGAUUCUGUUGCACCUUUUCAAGACGCCACAGCGCAACCCUGUACCCCAAGACGGUGUGAAGUCAGAUAAAUCUCCUGUUGGUAUCCGGUCGUCUUGUGAUCGCCAUCUUCUUGCUGCUUCUCAGAACAGCAUAGUUGUUGGAGCAGUUUUUGCUGUCCUCAAAGCUGUUUUUAUGCUCGGUGAUGCAGAGCUAAGAGGCUCAGGACUGUCGCACCCUGCUGGCCUAGAUGACAUAUCUGAGGGCCGGAAUGUCUCCAUAGAAACAGCCAGUUUGGAUGUGUAUGCAAAGUAUGUUCUGAAGACGAUCUGCCAGCAGGAAUGGGUUGGAGAGCGCUGCCUGAAGUCUUUAUCUGAGGACAGCAGCGCCCUUCAGGACCCGGUUCUGGUAAACAUUCAGGCCCAGCGCCUCCUGCAGCUUAUUUGCUACCCACACCGCCAGCUGGACAGUGAUGAUGGGGACAACCCACAGAGGCAGCGAAUCAAACGCAUCCUACAGAACAUGGACCAGUGGACGAUGAGACAGUCAUCCCUGGAGCUGCAGCUGAUGAUCAAACAGAGCUCUAAUAAUGAGCUCUACUCGCUCUUGGAGAACAUAGCCAAGGCAACCAUAGAAGUGUUUCAGAAAUCAGCUGAGAUGAACUCCAAUAACCCCUCAGGGAACGGGGCAGCGACCCAAGGCGGCUCUGCAUCCAACAACAACAGCGCCAACAGCAAGAUAAAGCCAAUUUUAAGCUCAUCAGAGCGGUCAGGCGUGUGGCUGGUGGCUCCGUUGAUAGCCAAGCUGCCCACCACAGUUCAGGGCCAUGUACUGAAGGCAGCAGGAGAGGAGCUGGAGAAAGGACAGCACCUGGGUUCCUCCUCACGUAAAGAGAGGGACCGGCAAAAACAGAAAAGCAUGUCUCUGCUAAGCCAGCAGCCAUUCUUGUCUCUGGUGCUGACAUGCCUGAAGGGACAGGAUGAACAGAGGGAAGGCCUCCUCACCUCUCUCUACAGCCAAGUGCAGCAGAUUGUUACUAACUGGAGGGAAGACCAGUACCAGGACGACUGCAAAGCGAAACAAAUGAUGCAUGAGGCUCUGAAACUACGACUCAAUCUUGUGGGUGGCAUGUUUGACACCGUGCAACGCAGCACCCAGCAGACCACUGAAUGGGCCGUACUUCUCCUUGACAUCAUCAGCAGUGGCACAGUGGACAUGCAGUCCAAUAAUGAGCUCUUCACUACAGUGUUGGACAUGUUGAGUGUGCUGAUUAACGGCACGCUGGCUGCUGACAUGUCCAGUAUCUCUCAGGGCAGCAUGGAGGAGAAUAAAAGAGCCUAUAUGAACCUGGUGAAGAAACUCAGGAAAGAGCUUGGAGAUCGGCAGUCAGAAAGUUUGGAAAAGGUUCGCCAGCUGCUGCCGCUGCCCAAGCAGACCCGUGAUGUCAUAACCUGUGAACCUCAGGGUUCGUUAAUAGACACAAAGGGUAACAAGAUCGCUGGAUUUGAGAAGGAGGGCCUUCAAGUGUCAACCAAACAGAAGAUCUCUCCCUGGGAUGUCUUUGAGGGUCUUAAACACUCGGCGCCCCUCUCCUGGGGCUGGUUCGGUACGGUGCGCGUGGACCGAAAGGUUACUAAGUUUGAGGAGCAGCAGCGAUUCCUGCUCUACCACACCCACCUGAAGCCCAAACCUCGCAGCUAUUACCUGGAGCCACUCCCGCUGCCCCCUGAAGAAGAAGAGCCCUUGACCCCUGUCUCCCAGGAGUCAGAGAAAAAGAUGAUGGAGCCGGUGAAGCCAGAGAAGAGUGUUCCUGCUGUGACCUCUGACACGAAGAAGAAGUCAAGCAAGAAGAAGAAAACGCCUGCACCCAAGGCAGAGGAUUAUGUGAACCGCACACCAGGUGGCGUGACCUAUGGGACCAGUAUGCCCCCUGAGCUGAUGCAGAACCAUCCAUACGGCAGGCUAUACAGUCAGCAGGCCAUGGGAAUGUACACACAGAACCAGCCUCUACCCCCAGGUGGUCCAGGUUUAGACCCUCCAUACAGACCACCCCGCAACCCACAAAUGAAUAAAAUGAUGCCCACUCGGCCCAACUACCAAGGCAUGAUGCCUGGUAUGCAGGGAAACAUGCCUGGCAUGAUGGGACUGGAUAAGCAGUACCCCAUGGGCUAUAAGCCCCAGCCUACCAUGCCUCAGGGCCAGAUGCUACGACAGCAACUACAGAAUCAGAGCAUGAUCGGGCAGCAAAUCAGACAAAUAACACCCAACCAACCAUAUACUUCAAUGCAGGCUUCUCAGAACAUAUCUCAGGGCUAUACCUCAUACGCAUCACACAUGGGGAUGCAGCCGCAUCUGUCCCAAGGUGGUGGUAUAGUUCCUCCCUCCUACGGGAACCAAAACUUCCAGGGCAGCCAUCCUGGAGGUAACCCAGCUGUGGUGGAUCCUCUGAGGCAAAUGCAGCAGAGGCCCAGUGGUUACGUUCACCAGCAGGCUCCAGGCUAUGCACACAAUAUGCAGAACACACAGAGGUUUGCCCACCAGCCAAUUCAGCAGAACCCCAUCAUGCAUGGCCUCAGUCAUAUGGGAGGCCAGGGCGUCCAUUCGGGCAUGAGGCCCAAUCAGAUGAUGGCAGAACAACAACAGCAGCAGCAACAGCAGCAGCAACAAGCAGCACAGCAACAACAACAGCAACAGCAGCAGUACCUCAGACAACAAGCACUCAGAAUAUCACAACAGCAGCAGCAGGCCCAACAGGUUCAACAACAGCAACAGCAACAGCAGCAGCAGCAGCAGCAGCAGCAGCAGCAACAACAGGUCCAACCCCAGCAGGUUCCCCCUCAACAGCAGGUUGCUCAGCAGCAGCAGCAGCAACAACAGCAGCAGCAGGUGUCAGCUGUUGCUCCACCUGGCCAGGCUCAGAACCAGGGCCUGGGCAUGCAGCCACUGCCGCCUCAGCAACCCCUGUUCCAGCGGCAGGGAAUGCAGCAGACUCAACAGCAGCAGCAGACUGCAGCUCUUGUCAGACAGCUGCAACAGCAACUUUCAAAUUCACAACCAGGACAGGGCACCAGUUCAUAUUACUGAUUGUUCGUGUCCAUAGUAGUGUGCAGACAAAAAAGGCUCUAAUUAUGUGGAAAGUUCCAGCUCUACAGAUGAGAUGUGUUCAGUCUGUUUGCUGUUGAAGGCACAAAGGACCACCACAUGCAGAUGAAUCAUGUCUCAUCUCGGUCACCGAGGCAACGAUCAGAAAUGUCUUGACUUCAGUCGUGUAAUUAUGGAUUUUCAGAUGAGGGAUCCUGCUCUGAAGUAAACAGAUAAUGGUUAAUAAUGGAAAAGUCUAUGUAAAAAAGUACCAGAAAUUAUAAGAAUAAUGCAAUUUUUUUUAUUUUAUUUCAAUUUGUACAAUUUUUUCAGUUUCGUGUAUUUCUCAUUAAAAAAUCAUGUCAGUUUUUA